CAGUUGCUUCUUCUCUUCCAAGCCUGAAGAAGUUUCUUUCAUUUAUUUUUAUGGAUUCAGUAAAGUUUUGUAAGUAUUUGGUAGUAAAAGGUAAUUGGAGAAUACUAGUGUGUCCAAAACCCGAACUGGGACUGCAUGGCUACUGGAAUACGAAGGCUGGCCACGACAGAAACAAGGUCGGUGACCCUGGUGAUAUCUAUAUACUGUCGUGCCAAAGUGCAGGCAGAGUGGGAAUGAACAACCAUGAGGCAAAUAAGCAGGAGGGCUAUGGAGACGUGUCGGUGGUGUACAGCAUCCCCUGAAAAUGAUGUGGCCGUCAUAGAGGUUCUAAAGCGCUAUUGCACCGGCCAAAUGUCACCGAAAGAAAAGGACGAUGCUAAUAGCGACUUCAUAUACUGUCUGGAGUGUGUGGUGAAGUACCACCAAGCAAGAGAGAUGGUUCCUGCACUGCACAAGCGUCUCUGGGAAUUGGAGACGGCUCGUCUGCUUGAAGUUUUCCGUAAAAUGUUGGAGGCCGAUCUGGAGGACGAUGACCUGUUCUUUGUCGAAAAUGGUUAUGAGCAGCGCGUCUCUGCGGUUACACCCGAGGAAUUUCACAAUCAGCUGAGAUUCCCGCUCAUGGAAGUGCUGAAAUACCCUUACCUGCUGUGCCACAAGGAGCUCUGUGAAAUGGUGGUGGAUGUGAUAUGCAAAAUGGAGGAUAUGAAGAACCCUCUACCAGUUCAUGACCAGUAUCAGGGAACCUACCUGCUCAUGGUGCACCCAAACGAAAUAGUGCGUCGCUGGGCAAUAGCCACUGCCAGAUCGUUGGGCAGGGUGGACAGAGAUAACUAUUAUGAUCUUCAGGAGGUCUUCUCCUGCAUGUUCUAUGUCAUUGAUUUAGGAAUCACUGUGGACUUUCUGAACAUGGAUGACUCUUACUACUCUGGCAAGAUGAAUGUGCUACAGCCACAUCUCUUUGACUCCAAAAAUAAGAAGAGUUACUGGCUAGGUAUUUGUAUGUUGCUGAUGCAGCUGGACUCACAAGCCAUGGACUCAUUGUUAAUGGGGCCAGAAGGACAGACCAGCAUUCCCCAAUGUAUUAUCAAUACCAUGAAUGACUGCAAUAAAGAUGAUGACCUAGAUCCCUUCUGGCCUGCUUUGCAUUGUUUCUUGGUCAUUCUAGACCGACUGGGCUCAAAGAUCUGGGGUCAAAUAGAACCACUAGAUGCUUUCAAGGCCAUCACUAAAGCAGGCAGCUACAUAGCUAAAAUUGAAAAUAUCCGAGAGCAAACUGCAGGGACAAGGGUGAAAGUGGAGCCUGAAAAUCAUGAUGAUCUGAUGUCCUGCAGUCAGAUUGUUUAUGGCUGUUAUACUACGGAGCGAACAAGUAGAUUAUUGGACUGUUCAUCUGGCAAUAGUGACACCAGUGGCAAUGCAAUUUUUGAAGAAAUGAGCUGCCUAGUUAAUGUCCUACAGUCUGAAAUGGGACAAAGCAUGCGUGUAUAUGGUAGCACCUUUCUUUGGUUCAUUCCUUUUGUUCGCUCUCUCAUGGAGUUGACCGCACUUAAUAGCAUAUGCAUUGGGGAGGUUAUCCACUAUCUGGAGAACAAUGUUGACAAGAACGUGCUGUCUGGGCGGAUACGCACCUGCGACAAAGUCACAGAGUUCUUCAUCCGCAUCCUUGUUGAUGUAAUUAAUCUGCACUUAAGCAACGGCUGCAUGGAAAGACUGUCCUAUUUUACCCAUAUAUGGGUAGAUAUGGUAAUGCAGUGUGCUACACUUUCUGAUGACUUUUGUACUACCAGGGGGGUCUAUUCAACUUCACAUUUUGGUAGAGGCACCCAGAUGCCAGCAGUGGGUGUUGGUGCAAUGAGUCAAGCCUGCACGAAGUUGAUUCGCUCUCUGUUGAAAGAAGGGGGGCGGACAGGAACAGUUCCAGAGUCUGCACAUUUUCUGGACAUAAUUAACAGACACUUGCGCGGUUUAUCUUCUAAAGGUUGGAAUCUACCCAAAUCAGAAUAUGAGAAUCUUAAGAAAUGCUUAGUCAGGCUAGUAAAAGUAAUAACAGAAAGGUCUGCAGUUUCAAAUGAUGUACUGCCGUGUGCUCCACCAACACCACCAUCGGAUCCCUUUGAAAAUGUAAUUUCCUACCCAAGUUCCACAUUGACCCCUCCUCUGCAGCAGGUAGAAACCAAAGAUGCACUUGUUGGUCCAUGUGGUCCAGCAGGUACAACUAAUUUUAUUAAGGAUGAGCCACCGUGGGAUCAUGGGGAGUGUCAAAGUUUCUUUGAUGGCCAUGAAGAAAUGAUUAAUGUAAAGAAAGAACCUUACAACCAAACACCAAUUUCAGAAUCUAGACCCCAUACUGAGGGGAUUCAUAUAACUCCAGGGAAACUACAAGAAAUUAGAUCUAGGUUAACUGUUCAGAAUCUUUCCAAGAUACAAGCCAUUGCAAAGAGAAGAUUUAAAACUGAAGAUGAACAGGGUGAAUGCAGUGGCAUGAAAGAGAUUGUACAUGCCUCAAGUGUAAGCCCUCAGCCUUCAACCUCAAAAUCCAAGGUCCCAGACACUGCCAGGCUUAGCAAAUCCCUAAAAAAGGAAUUGAAUGACGACAAUGAUGAUGAGCCCCUUGAUGUCCAAAGGAAUCGCCUAAAAAGAUCUCUUCAGUCUAGUAAAGAGGAUUCAACUGAUACCAGACAGAUUUCAAUACAGUUGUCUAGCACUGCUAAACAGAUCCAUGAGAGUAGCAUAAUCACCAUUUCAGAUGACGAGGUUUCUUCAAAUGGCCAAAACCUUUUAGAAAAAAUGGAUGCGCGCGACCCAGUUUUGGAUCUUGACUCUUCUAAGAGCCCAGGACGUGAUUAUGAUGAUUUGAGUGAAUCGCAGGUAUUUGAGUUUGAAACGCAAGCACACAUGGCAUCUGUCUGGAAUGAGCCGCACAGUGACAUCACAGGUCUGACCAAAAAGCACGAACUUGAGAAUGAUUCCAAAGCAUGCAGUAGUCAUCAUGCUGUGGAGCCCAUGCAGACUCAGCCUGUCUCAGAUGAAGACACUGAAAAAGCCUGUCUUCAUGUAGAGGCACAAAUCUGUAAACAGCAACAACCACAGAAACCAAUUUCAUCAAGUAUGUGGGAGCCACCCAUGCGUAGUUCCAAUGAAAAUUGUGAUUUCAUUAAGUCUAAUCAUUCCAAAGGUCCCACUGAAAAAACUGCCCUACCUGAAAAGAAAGGCAAACAAUGGCUGAGCAAAAAACCUCCUGUUAUUGCACCCCUGAGUCAAAAAAUCAAGAAGCGCUGCUGGUCACAUGACACCAUCUCUAAGGACCCUGUGAAACCAUGCUCUUCCACAAUGCUGACUUCAACCUCUGUUGAAUCACCCUCUACUGCUGCCCCUUCCAGAGGCUCCUGUGCAUCCUUUGUUGUACCACCCUCUACUGCUGCCCCUUCCAGAGGCUCCUGUGCAUCCUCUGUUACAUCACCCUCUACUGCUGCCCCUUCCAGAGGCUCCUGUGCAUCCUCUGUUGCAUCACCCUCUACUGCUGCCCCUUCCAGAGGCUCCUGUGCAUCCUCUGUUACAUCACCCUCUACUGCUGCCCCUUCCAGAGGCUCCUGUGCAUCCUCUGUUACAUCACCCUCUACUGCUGCCCCUUCCAGAGGCUCCUGUGCAUCCUCUGUUACAUCACCCUCUACUGCUGCCCCUUCCAGAGGCUCCUGUGCAUCCCCUGUUGCAUCACCCUCUACUGCUGCCCCUUCCAGAGGGCCCUGUGCAUCCUCUGUUGCAUCACCCUCUACUGCUGCCCCUUCCAGAGGGUCCUGUGCAUCCUCUGUUGCAUCACCCUCUACUACUGCCCCUUCCAGAGGCUCCUCUGCAUCUACUGUUGCACCUUUACGAUCUACCCCUGCAAUAGUUCCACCAAAAAAGGUUCGCAAACGUGUUGCACCAGAACUUCCAGCAGAGCUUCUGGGGUUGAAAAAGAAGGAAAGAAAAGCUUUUGACUUUUCACAGCGUUCCUUGGUCAGUUUGGGUAAACUUCGAUCACAUGGCCAGAAUGUGCAUGUUGAGCCACAACAGAAGUCAAAAAGACUUCGUAAACAUAAGGUUGGCGUGAAGAAAGGAAAGAAGUUGCUUGCAUCACAAGAUUUGCAGUACUUUAGACAGCGCCGUAGUAUGCUCCAGAAGCCAACGUCAGCCACUCCUGUUGUUGCCAAAUCAAACCAACGUCCUGUACCAGAGAACCUACCCAAAUUAAACUCUGCAAAUGAAACCGUGGAGGAGCCAGAAGAUGAGGAGGAUGACUACUCUUUCCUUCCCUGCUCUCAGCCUGAUCCUGACAGAAGGAUGGACAAUAAAACGGAUACCACUCAAGUCAAUACUAGUUUGUCAAAUGACUCCAAAAAAGCAAUCAGUGAUUGGGAGAGCAGUAAAAGUAAAGAUUUCAGUUCCCUUCAAAACAAUAAAUGUGCUGGUGGUUCCAUGGCAGAAGGAGCAGAAUCCAGGGAAGAGAAUUUUGAUGAUGAGUGGAUGUCCUUUACACAAAAUGAGCCAACAGACAUGGAGUUAUGCUCUCAAAUGGAACAAAUGGAGGAACAGUAUUUUGAGAACAUAAUGGUUACAGGCUGUGCGCGCAUGGACAAUGACUCUGGCAACCAACCAAAUAUUUCUGAAGCAAUAACAAGUGUACCACUUAAACCAGUAACUUGCAACACACUUCAGAAACCACUUCCUGAUGCUUCCACUUCGACCACUACAAACGACCACUUGUUUGUAAAUCCUAACAUGCUCACAGAGUGUCAGAAAAAAGCAAAGCCUACCACAAAAAUUUAUAAUAAGUCAUGUUCCCGCACUGCCUUUUUGGCCAAAGAAAUGGGAAAAGUAGCCAACCCUGUACCUGCUGCUAAUGUUGCCAAGGCAAAGGUUGCACGGCCGCCACCAUCAAUGCCGCCACCACCAGCAAUGUCCUCAUCAGCAAUGCCUCCGCCAGCAAUGCCAUCACCGCUACUUCCAAAAACCACAACACUUCUGCCCAGACCCAUCCUGCACACUGCAAAUCAGGCUUCCAAAUCAUUUUCUAAUGUAACAUUUGCUUCCCACGUACCUUCCUAUAAGACCUACGCCAGACCAGAAACGCCUGUAUCAGUACAAACACCCACAAUGGAUCAAGGUCGAAGAUUUGAUAAUUCUCCAGUGUAUGAUCAGUUCUACCUAAAACGGGCUAUUUUGAAGUGGGAAUUCCGCAUGUUCGAGAACUACAAAUCGUUUGGGGCACCCCAAGACUUGUGUCCAUUUCGCCUUAAGGAAGUACCGACGACGUUCUCAAGCUGCACCGACUACUUUAAUACCUUGUACCCACUUCUGCUCCUUAAUACAUUUGAGGAGAUGGUCAACGAAUGGUAUGUUAGGAAAAUUAGAAUUGAACUGAAGGUCCAGGGAAUUGAAUACAGCAAUCGUGUUGCCACUGCCAGUUUCACAGCAAGCCUUAAUGCAGAGCAGGAGGUGAAGCAGUUGUAUCCUAAAGAUGAAGACCUUGUGCUCCUUUAUCUGCCGGAGAACAUUGGUGCAUAUGCUAAUGAUGAGCAAGAUGUUCCUGAUCUUUGUCCCCACUUUGGAUGUGUGUUGCGAUCCAGCGUGCUAAAUAAUGGAGGUCAGUUCUCUACACUGAACAUUACCAUUCAGACGUUUGGAAACGUGUCCUCUGUUAACACCCAAAGUGUACGCUGUGAACUGAUUGGUUCCCUGGUCAGUACUUUGCGGGAAUUCAGAGCGCUGAAUUUGCUACCUAAGAGCAAAAUGAUGCAUCCGCUGAUUCUCAAGCCAGACAUCAAGUUCUACGCACCCUGCCAGGACGGCCUGCCGAACAUAGAUAUGCCUGAAUAUAAUUCUGAGCAGGCCAAAGCAAUCAGCUGUGGGGUUGCAAUGGUGAAAAGAAAGCAGAAUACUCCAAAGAUUUUGUUAAUACAUGGACCACCUGGAACUGGCAAGAGCAAAAUCAUAGUUGGCAUGCUGCACAGACUUCUAUCUGAUCCAGUGAGUCUUUCAGCGUCUCGAAGACCCAGAAUUCUUCUCUGCACUCCAUCUAAUGCCGCCAUUGACAACUUGAUGAAGAAAAUCAUUAUUGUCUUCAAAGAAAAGUGCAUGGACAUCCGUUCUCCACAAGGGAACUGUGGUGACAUCAAACUGGUGCGACUCGGGAGUGAGAGGGCCAUUUCUAAAGAACUGAAACCCUUCAGCCUUGACUGCCAGGUCAGGAAAGUAUUGGAGAAAGCGCAACACAAAGGUGAUUUGGAUAUCCAGAGGAAGAAGGAGGAACUGGACAAGAAGAUUGAAAUGGUGUCUCAGCAGUGUGCUCUGACGGACAAAAAAUCAAACAUGUUUGAACAACUGAAUAACAAAAAGAUGUUUUACUUGAACGAAAGGAAGAACCUCAGUCGACAAUUAAAUGAGCUUCGGAAUAAAAAACAGUCGGUGCAGUCACGUCUUUUGCUUGACGCUCAUGUGAUCUGCUGCACACUGAGCACAAGUGGUAGUGGUCUCCUUGAGUCCGCUUUCCGCCGUCUUGGACACGAGCCAUUCAGCUGUGUUAUCAUUGAUGAGGCAGGACAAGCUAAAGAAACAGAAACGUUGAUUCCUUUGCUUUAUCGAUGCCAAAACCUCAUCCUGGUGGGCGACCCCAUGCAGCUGCCACCAACUGUCGUAUCUCAGAAAGCCAAAGAGCUGGGCUAUGACCAGUCACUGAUGGCUCGGGUUUGGAAGAGUUUGUUUAACCUGAACACACACCUGUCCCCCAGCAUCUUCCUCCGUGUUCAGUACCGCAUGCACCCAGAUAUUUGCGAGUUCCCUUCCAAGUACAUCUACAACAACAACUUAAAAAGUGACCCUGAGACUGCUCAGAAGCUGUGCUCAAUUUCCUGGCCGUUUGAAGCCUACAGAGUGUUCGAUGUGACCGAUGGAAAAGAAAGAAAACAGGGAGAUUCAUAUAGUAAUGCCAAGGAGGUGAAGCUGGUGGUGGUGCUUUAUAAGCUGCUUGGGGAAAAUCAUGCCAAGCGCAAGGAAAAGCAGCAGAUGCGCAUUGGCAUCAUCACACCAUAUAACGCCCAGAAGCAACGCAUCACGGAGGCCCUUGACAACGAUAUAGACAAGGAAUUAAAAAAAGGCAUACAUGUGGAGGUGGACACUGUAGAUGGGUUCCAGGGCCGGGAAAUGGACUGCAUCAUUGUGUCUUGUGUAAGAGCCAGCAGUGAAAACGGUUCUAUUGGGUUUGUCGCAAAUCGCCAGAGGAUGAAUGUGACCAUAACUAGAGCCAAAUCCAGUUUGUAUAUCCUGGGACAUCUCCGUACACUCACGGAGCACAGUGACUGGGGAGCACUGGUAAGGGACGCAGAGAAACGUGGCGCCAGAAUAACAGUGAACGAGUCCAACUUUCACAAGGUUGUGAGGGAGGUGCUGAAACCGAGUCGCCCUUCUCGUAGAUCCACGCACCCCCCCAUCCCCAUGUCCAAUCCUGCAUGUUCUGAUGGGCAAAGAGACCCCAGAACACACGAUAGACCUUCAGACCCACGUCUACCAGCACCUUUGCCUGCCAGCAGAGAGCAAGACAUUGGGAACCAAGGCUUCACUCGACCAAGGCCACCCGGUCGCAGUCCUUUAGAUCCACGGCGCGACCGAAGCUUCACACGUUCCUUUCGUUCGACUUCAGAACAACAUCACGAACAUCACUCCUCUUCCUCUAGGACACACAGAAAAUAAUAUUUGCGUUUUACAUCCCUUCUGCCUGAAUGACUGUCAGCGUCUCGUGGUAGCUCUGACUAAACAGUGAGAGACUUGUUCGGUCUGACCUAGAAAAUUGCUAGCUGAAAUAUUUGUGUAAAAUAAAGGUGACCGACCUUUUUUGAUUAAAACCACAUUAGCAUUGUAACCAAGGUAACGCUAAGCAGCCUUUAUUUUAGCCAUUUGUCUUCAUGUUCAUAAGUGAUAAAUAAUAUUGACUUUUAUGUAUUCAGUUUUUCAUGUUUUUCAAUACAAAAUUUCGCAUCUAUGCAAAAAUCCAACAAAUCUGACGCGUGUCUAUCUAACCUUUAUGCAGACAGAAUUUCAUUUGUAAAAAGCUUCAAAACAUUUAAGUGGCAAAGCGAAGUGGACAAACUGCUUCUUUUAUUUGUUUUUUUUUUGUUUUUUUUAAUAGUUUCAGAGUAUGCCAAUGCCAGUCCAGAGAAAAGCUGCACUCUAGGUGAAGAUUUGGGACAUCUUUUUUUAGUUUCUGUUCUUAAUGGUUAAAAUUGAGAACAAAAUAACUCUACUGUCUAAAAAAAAAAAAAAAAAAAAGCUCUGAAAUUGUAAACAAGAAAUAUAUUUUUCAUAUUUUGAGAAUGCAGGUUUUUUUCUUUUGUAAAUAUUUUAAAAUGUACAAUUGUAAUACAGAUUUUGUAUGGAACCUUGUUUUAGUUUUUCCGUCUUCCUUUCCAUCGGAGUAAAUAUCUGGUAUGUUUGCUUCAUUCCAAACUGUGUAUUGUUGUCCCACUGAAUUGCAUGGCAGUGAAACUGUGGUGCAGCGUUGCAUCCGUUUCUUAUGAGGUGUCGGUGGGGAAAGUUUCUAUUUUUGUAACUAAACAUUCAAUAAACCAGCCUUAACCAACUG